UUCACUGUCAACAUGCAAGAUGGCCACGCAUCACAGGCAAAAUGCUGCUGGGCGGAGGAAAGUACAGGUAUCAUAUGUCAUUAGAGAUGAGGUGGAGAAGUACAAUCGAAACGGGGUGAAUGCACUCCAGCUCGACCCUGCUCUGAACCGGCUCUUCACUGCAGGGAGGGACUCCAUCAUCCGGAUAUGGAGCGUCUACCAGCACAAACAGGACCCAUACAUUGCAUCGAUGGAGCAUCAUACAGACUGGGUUAAUGACAUAGUCCUCUGUUGCAAUGGAAAAACUUUGAUAUCUGCCUCAUCGGAUACGACAGUCAAAGUAUGGAACGCACACAAAGGGUUUUGUAUGUCAACGUUACGAACACAUAAGGACUACGUGAAAGCGUUGGCUUACGCUAAGGACAAAGAGCUGGUAGCAUCAGCAGGUCUGGACAGGCAGAUCUUCCUUUGGGAUGUGAACACACUAACAGCACUCACUGCUUCCAACAACACUGUCACCACUUCAUCGCUGAGUGGGAACAAGGACUCAAUCUAUAGUCUGGCUAUGAACCAGAUGGGCACGGUUAUUGUAUCAGGAUCCACAGAAAAGGUUCUGAGAGUGUGGGAUCCUCGAACAUGCGCUAAGCUCAUGAAGCUAAAAGGUCACACGGACAAUGUCAAAUCGUUGCUGCUGAAUCGAGACGGCACUCAGUGCCUAUCAGGCAGUUCAGAUGGGACCAUUCGCCUUUGGUCCCUCGGCCAGCAGAGGUGCAUCGCCACCUACCGCGUGCACGACGAAGGGGUGUGGGCCCUGCAGGUCAAUGAGGCCUUUACGCACGUAUAUUCUGGAGGCAGAGACAAAAAGAUCUACUGUACGGACCUGCGUAACCCAGACAUCCGUGUCCUUAUCUGUGAGGAGAAGGCCCCAGUGCUCAAAAUGGAACUGGACAGAUCUGCGGACCCACCUCCAGCAAUCUGGGUCUCCACCACCAAGUCAUCUGUUAAUAAAUGGAUGCUCACUAUCACUUUGGAUGAGAGUGACUGCUUUGCUGCCUGGGUGUCUGCAAAGGACGCAGGGUUUUCAAAUUCCGAUGGAUCGGAUCCAAAGUUGAACCUGGGCGGACUAUUGCUUCAGGCUCUGCUGGAGUUCUGGCCCAGAACCCGAAUCAACCCCAUGGACGAGGAAGAGAACGAGGUGAACCACGUGAACGGAGAGCAAGAGAACAGGGUCCAGAAAGGGAACGGAUAUUUCCAGGUGCCACCACACACACCAGUUAUCUUUGGAGAAGCGGGAGGCAGAACCCUUUUUAGGUUGCUAUGUAGAGAUUCAGGCGGAGAGACUGAAUCCAUGCUGCUCAAUGAGACAGUCCCACAGUGGGUUAUUGAUAUAACUGUAGAUAAAAAUAUGCCCAAGUUCAACAAAAUCCCGUUCUACCUCCAGCCCCAUUCUUCCUCUGGUGCAAAAACUCUAAAAAAGGACCGACUGUCAGCCAGUGACAUGCUGCAGGUGAGAAAGGUCAUGGAACAUGUUUAUGAGAAGAUCAUCAACUUGGACAACGAGUCACAGACCACCAGCUCCUCGGCCAACGAUAAACCCGGGGAGCAGGAGAAGGAGGAGGACAUGGCCAUGCUAGCUGAAGAGAAGAUUGAGCUAAUGUGUCAAGACCAGGUGCUAGAUCCCAACAUGGACCUGCGAACAGUUAAACAUUUUAUCUGGAAGAGCGGAGGGGACUUGACACUUCACUAUAGGCAGAAGUCCACGUGAAAGUCGUCAUUUUUAAAAGCAGAACUCUUUGUCAUUUGCCAAUCACCACCCACUUCUGACAUGUAGUACCCUAAAACCCCAUUGUGUGGUCAAGAGUUGCAGUAACAGUGAGAAUCCAGUAAAAUUUGUGGGGACAUGGCUCAUGUUGUAUUAUAGGAAACUGAGAAGAACAGGCCGGCGCAGCCAACAGACACCUGGGAAAUAAGUGGUCCAUAUUGGUUCUUUUUUUUUAAGUUUGGACUUAAAUGUCUCCUCUCUGCAUCCUUUUUUUUCCCCUUGUUCUUCUUCUUCUUCUUCUCCUCAGAUCUUUGACUGUCCCUGCCCACCCUUUCCUGAUUGGCAUUUUAUUUUUGAAGCGACUGAAGUUGCAGUACGUGUUUGUGUAUGUAUGCACACGGAUGUAGUAGACUGUCUGUUCUAGUACAUUCCAGGAAACUGUCCUUGUUCUACAGACACUCCAGUCCUGUCUCAGCAGUAUCACCAGUUUAGGAGUACACUUGGUCUCUGGGUAGCCUCACAGUCCCUCAAAGACAAAAAACCCUCCUCUGUUCUGUAGUCGACGUCGUCUGCAUUAACUUGAACUUAACCUCGGCUUAGACAUCCAGUUAGUGCAGAGCUUGAACCUCAUCGACAGAAGCAGUCCACGUUGUCUUUUGUUUUUAGCGGUGUUAUCCUCAAAGGAAUGAAUGUUCUUUAUUUUGUAAAUAUAUGUACAACAUUUUUCAUUUAAAUUACUUUUUCUUUUGUUUUUGUACAGUUUACUUAAAAAAGCAAAACACACAAAAAUAAUUUUUCCAAAUCCCUGCAGCACAUUCAUGGUCAUGAACGCUAAAUGACUUGAAUGGUAAGAUUUGCAUUUGUUGAUUUCACUGCAAUCUGAAACUUGCAGUUAGUAUUUGUGUAGGUCAUCUUAGCAAUUGGGGAAAUUAUAUAUAUAUAGGGUAUAUAUCUUAAACAGUAAUUCAUGCUUGGAUGCUCUGCGUUUGGUUCACGAGCAUGGACUCUGAUGACAGCGAGGGUUGUUCCUAAUGUAUAUUUCAUUUAGAUUCAGUAGGAGUUCAGUGGAGCAUAAAUUUAACUUGAAGGGGAAUCUCAUCUGAGAUAACAUACGAACAUUCAGCCACUGUGGGAACGUCACCAAAGUGUAAUAAAUGCUAACACAUCUUGUCGCUUGGUGUGUCACCAAGCCACAACAACAGAUCUUUUCAUUGUAAUUUCCUGGAGUUUAAUUUUGCCACGAGUGUGUGUAAUGCCAUAGCAGGAGGGAGGAUGCAUUGAGUGAGCUCUAAUUGGCCAAAAAUAAAAAUCCAAGAUGGGUACAAAUAAUCAGGCCAUAACUCUGCAAUAUCCAUUAUUGUAAUCAUUUGUGAAAUAUGUAUAUUUUAGGCAUUCAAAGAAAUAAAUUGGAAUGGUUUAACAAUGACAGGUUUUACCGGGAUUAUAAAUGGCUGUCUCAAGUUAUAUUGUGUUGAGCUGAUCCAAGUGAAAUAAGAGAAACGAGGGACUCCUUUUUUUUUUUUUUUCUCCCAGUGAUUGUUUAACCAUCGAAGAUUCACCCAUUUCACAUUCAUCAAGACUUUGCACUCAUUCCUAAUAAAACAGACAAUUCAUUGAUAAAAA